AUGUUGCUUCACACUCACACCCCGUCCGCCCCCGCCCUCUCCCACGCCUUCCCUGCCCGCAACACCUACCGUUCCCCGUCCCACUCCCAUACGCUGCGCAUUGCUUCGCAUUCCCCUCUCCCCCUCACCGCACCCGCCAACCGCGGCGUCGUUUCCGCGUCUGCCUCCGCCAAGCCGUCCGCGCGCGCUACAGCCGGCCCGUCAACCGCCGACAGCUCCGGUGGCGGGAAGGAUUUCUUCGAGUCGGACGUAGUGCGCUACGGCGACCGUUACAAUCGCCCGGACCGCUUCCCGCGCCUGCGAGUCGCGGACGCGAGGCAGCGACAGGUGGACGUCAGGGAUUGGUUGCAGCGGCUGCGCGUAAGCGCCCGCGACGUCUUUAUAUGGGACGAAGGGCGGGAUAGUAGCGAAGGUGCUGCUUUACAAGCAGAGAACCACAAUAGAAUUGAUAGAGAUAAUAACGAGGGCGCCGUGGAGGGGGAAGGUGCAGGCGCGGCGGCAGCGGCGUUCCGUCUGCUGGUGGCGCAGGGACGACUGGACGAGGCGUUUCUCGCAGCGAGGGAAGCCAUGACGCAGGGACGCGCGACGUUCGCGUUUGAGCCCGUGACGCUGCUGCAGCCCGCUAGAAGCAACAGCAGUGCAGCAGCAGACCACGGGGCGUUCAUGCUGGCAGCCGUGGAGAGCGGCAACGUGGAGCUCGCCUUUGAAUACGCCGGCCUGCUGCCGCCCGCUCCCUCCCCGCCCUCCUCCUCUUCCUCCUCCUCCUCCUCCUCCUCCUCCUCCUCCUCCUCCUCCUCCUCCUCCUCCUCCUCCUCCUCCUCCUCCUCCUCCUCCUCCUCCUCGUCCUCCUCCCCCACCACACCGCUGCCCCGGGCGGCCAUGGCGAUAUACAACAUGCUGCUGGCGGCGUACGUGGUGGCGGGAGACAGCAGCGCCAUGCAGCUGGCUGUCAACACCGCCCGGCGCCGCGGGAUCGCUCCUGAUGGGCUCACGUCCGCGCUGCUGCUCGCCGCUGCUCUGCUGCACGGAGGCGAGGGUGGCACUGAUGGGUUAUCACAGCAGCAGCGGCGGCGGGAGAUAUUUGAGAGUGCAUGUGAGCAGGGGCUGGUGAGGCCAGGAGUCACACUGGAGCAAGCAGUUGCUGCUUGCUCUGUGCCCCUUGUGUGA